GGCUAAUUGUGGGCUACGCUUUUGCGAAACUGCCAAGUUUGGCAGCCCAACUCGACCAAAGCGAAAUACGCCUAGAACCAUCCUGGAACCCAAAAGCGGCGCGUUUUGCAAACUCAAUCCAGACACCGUGACUCUUAUAUUGGACUUGAUCUUCGAUCAUUUUUAUAUACCGUGCUUUGAUCGACGCUGAAGAAGGUCACAAGAAGGUGGUUAUUGGCAGCAGAUGAAAGAUGGAUGACCUUUCUGAGGAUGACUUUGUUGACUCCAUUCAUGAUGGGAUGUCUAAAGCCCAGCAGACUUUGCCGCCAGAGAAGCUGCAAUGCUCUAGAUGUGGGCAAAAGUUGCAGUCCAAAUACCAGCUCAGGCUGCAUGUUCAAGAACAUCACCCCAUGGUGCACCAGUGCCAGCUGUGCUCCUUCUCAUCACAUGCUUUGUCCGACUUGAGGGAACACCUGACCACAACUCACAGAAACUCGAAGUUAGCCUGCGACUGGUGUCAGCACGUGGCUGUCUCAGCUGAGGCUCUGCGCAGGCACUUGCGGUCCGCUCACGUGUCUGCGGGUGAUCAACAACCAGAGAAGCUACCGCCCAAAAACUUUGCAUGCUGCUAUGGGGCACACGAUUUUGAAGGAGGCUGCCAAGCGCGCUUCAGUAACCGUGCUGACCUCCGGAAACAUCUGGCUGAACAGCACGACGCCCGCUCAGCUGAGGAGAAGAUCGAAGUAUCUUUGUCUUCCAAGGCUGAGUUCGACAACUGGAAAAUGGACCAAGAACGACGGAGAGGUGUUUUCUACCGCCGCGUCUCUUCUCGUCCCGGGCAAAAGACCCUCUUCGAGUGUUCGCGGUCUGGUGUCCACGCGCCCUCCGGGUCUGGCCGUCGCCGACUGAAGUCGCAGGGUUCCUCCAAGCUGGGCGUUAAAUGCACGUCCACCCUGCUAAUGCUACAGCAUGACGACGGUACCGUCACGGCCGUGCUGCACCCUCACCACCACGGGCACAGUGAGGGCGCUGCUAACCUGCCGCAUCUCCGCAUUCCAGCCGGUGACCGCGCCAUUGCGAAAGCACAACUCGCUGCUGGUAUUUCCACGGCACGUGUCAUGCGCAACAUGAGGGAGCGAUGCGGCAACGACUCCGACGCCGGCCCAAGUCGGGCAUUCUGGGUCCAAAGGAAGGACAUUCAAAAUAUAUGCCGAUCGAUCGGCAUCAGUGCGGGCGGCGACAGCAACAAACAUUCCAACGAAGUGGUCAGCGUCCGAAUGCACGCGGAGCAGCUCCGAUCUUCAGACCAGCACCAUCUUUUGACGCUCAAGCUGCCAGACGAAGAGGGUUCGAGCGGCACUGAGUCUCUUCAGGCCGACGACUUCGUGUUUGGCUUUUGUACAAGUCACCAGCUAAAGAAGUUUGUGCAGCAUGGGAGUGCCGUCGUUUGCAUGGAUGGCACCCACGGCACAAGUGGACAUGGUUGCCCGCCAAGAGGCCUACGAUGCCCUGUGGGGCAUCAUGCAUGAGGCGGAGGAGGCCAAGGCGGUGGCGGCAGCCAAGGUGGUGGCGGAUAGCCUGCUGUCACACGCCAACACCCGCGAGUUCGGCCGCUACUUCCGCGCCACCUGGCUGGAGUGCGUCCCCAAAUGGACGCUGGGCAGGAGGGACGCGGCGGGCGUGUCUACAAACAUGCACGUUGAGGCGUUCCACCGGGUGCUGAAAUAUCAGUACCUGGAGGGACGCGUCAACAAGAGAGUGGACAAGUGCAUCGCAGCUCUGCUCAAGUUCGCCGACGACCAGAUGGUGACAAUGGCCCGGAGGCAGCUCUGGCAGGCUCGAAGCCUCCACGGCGAGGAGAUCGCCAAACGCCACGCCACCGCCGCCGAACUCGUCCGGAGCCAACAGGCGGCGGUCUCCCCGGUGACGGACAGCCUCCUGCCGGCGUGGGAGGUUCGGUGCGGUGCAGGCGACUCCAGCCGCUCCUACCGGGUGGAGCAGGAACACCGCCAGUGCCCGGAGAUCGGCUGCCAGCAGCGGUGCCAUGAGUGCCGGGCCUGCGUCCACCACCUGCGGUGCAGCUGUCCGGACUGGACGGGCCACAAGCUGAUGUGCAAGCACAUUCAUGCUGCGUGCCUGCUCGUGGAUGGCCUGUCGUCCCAGCUGACCGUGCCCGAUCCGCAGAGGCCUGAUUCUCCGCCGGAAGUGGUGGACGAGCCCCCGCCGCCGCCGCCGCCGAGCCGUCCUGCCGACAAACAGCGCGCACUGGCCGAACUGGCGGCGGUGUCGGCGCGGCUGGCCGCGGUGCCGGAGGGCGCCGGGGCACUCUUCGCCGCGGCCAUCGUCAAGAUCGGCGAGUUGAAUCAGCUGGUUGCUGCCGUUCCCCAGGCUGAUGACGUCUCCAGCGAACAUCUCGGAGACACGCUGAACCGACCGUGGAAUGCGCGGAUAGUGCCUCAGCCGUGCUUCCGGUCGCGGCGGGCCAAGCGACCUCGGGUGGCGCCUUCGGCGGUGCACGCGGACAGCGCCGCGGCGAGCGAUCUCGUCACGAGUCUCAGCCAUGGCGACUCGGGACGCGAGCGAGUACCCCAGGUGCACCAGGAUCACACAUAUUAGCCCGCAUCUAGGGGGGGGGGGAGUGGGCUUGAGUGGGUUGGGCUGGUAAUACGUGCUAACACCCCCACCGCACGCACCCCAAAGCAUGUGACAGCUCUCCGCGCUCGUUCGUUUAAAUGGACUGUAUGCUGUGAUAUGCUGUGAGUGUAAGAGUGAUGAGAUUUAGGUGAAAUCGGCGAAACGAACCGAUUGCACACUUCACCGAGCUCAUAUCCGCAUCGAGCUCAUAGCCUAAUCUUAACUAUUAUUGUUUAAUUACGAGCGAGCGCAGCGAGCGAGUUCAUACUGAAUUAAGGGAAAAUCCUGAGUAUGAGCGGCCGGCCGGCCGG